GCCGAACCUUUACCAAAAAAACGCAAUUGCUGUACAAUCUUUCACUAGACAGACAGACAAAGACAGCUUUGAAUCAGUCCGAAUCGAAAAUGAACUCUAUGAUAACAAACGUCAAACAUGUUUUGAUUCAUGCAUAGUAAAAAUCUCGACAUCCCAAUGAAACAGUUCGGUAUCGCGACAAAAUGCUCCGAACCCGUUCGAUUGGCACUGCGUUUGGUCACCAUCGUAGGACACUUUCGUCGGCUCUCUAUGUAACCGGUGACAAAGCGAAGGAACAGUACGCACCCUUAAUUCCCUACCUGGAUUUCCAGGCGAAGCUCGCCGACAUCGGAAAACUUGAGCACAACCUACGGCUUCGCCGGUAUCGGUUAGAUUUGGACCAUUUAAAGCAGCAAUGGGAGUUGUAUCGGUUGAUGGAACAGCGUAAGCGUGACAUAGAAAUCCGACGAGUGGAGCUUCGAGAUCUCAUCGCCAAAGCAACUAGCGAGGAGACGGUCAAUCAGCUUAAAUUGCAGGCAACUCUGGCUAAGGCCGACCUCAAAAGUUUACGGGAGAGUAGCUACGCUGUGGCGGAUAAUUUUGUUGCGGGGACGUUUUUGGCGAUACCGAAUGAGUUGCACGAAAGAACACCCGCCGAAGAGGCUGUGGUUUUGUAUGAAAACAGUCCAACCAGAGCGCUUUCGAAAGCUAUCGGAGGAGAUUGGUUGGAGGAAUAUGAUUCGACUAGUACUUACAUGAGAGAGGAUGCUGCGUUGAUGGAUUUAUUUCUGCCGAUUAGAUGUGUGGAGAUGUUUCAGGAUGCCGGUUUCGUGCUUUUCUCCAAUCCGGACUUUGUUCGAACUGUUCUAGUGGAAGCGGCUCAGGAAGAUCUGGAUUCGGUUUAUGAAGUUAAAGAGGAAGUGGCUCUGGAACACACGCUAAAUCGUUUGCAUUUAUGCGGGGGUAGCAGUAUGUUGAGUUUUCUGGGGUACCUCACCAAGCUGUCGGUGUUUCCUACGGCUUUGCCGCUUCGACUGGUAGCCAACGGUAAGCAAUAUUUGUACGAGAAAGCGCAAACCAGUGCCGUGCAGGUGUUGGCUGCAGCUCAAUCAAGUGAGGCGGUGAUCCAGAUUUUCGAUGAUACUUUGGAGCUGUACAAACAUUUAUAUGAUAAGCUGGGUUUACCUUAUCGGCUUGUGAUGAUACCAGCGCACGAGUUGAAGCCUGCCGAAGCGAUGCGAGUGAGCAUUGAAGUUGCUAGCUUGAAUGAUCGUCAGCGGUUCGUGAGCGUCGGGAGUGUUUCCUAUUAUGGAGACUUCAUCAGCAAAAGAAUAGCCUUCAACUAUCACGAAGGAAAGGUUCAAAAGUUUCCUCAUCUUGUGGCUGGCACUGUUGUAACGGCGAGAGAGCUCAUAAAACUAUUGCUCCAUAGUGGUGUUAGGUUCAGUGAUUUAAACUUUCUGAGUAGUUGAAACUCGUUAGAAUAAAAUAUAUUAUGCGUA